AUGCCGCGCUCUACCAGAGAAUCGGACGAUGAUGCAGAGCAUAAAACAGUUGAAGAAUCCAACUCUGAGGAAAAUUUACCAUCUAGUGAUAGUACAACUGAAAUGUCCACACAGGACAGUUUUUCAAAUCUUUCAAAUUCUAAAAAAGAAGAAAAACUGGAAAUAAAUAAAAAUUUAUCAGGAAUAGAAAUAUCAUUAAAACAAUCACUCACAAAGGAAUUAAUGAUUAAGGUUGAAAACUUGAAUACUUCUGUUGAAGAACAAAAAGAAAGUCCGAGUAAUAAGGAAAAUCAAACUCUGAAUAUUAUUAAUGACACAUUAGAAAGCAACAUACAUUCUAGUACUAAUGUGAUAUCACUAAGUACGAAAUCUCCGACUCCAAUAUUUGCGAAUAAAUCAUCAAAUGAAAAGGAAACUAAAUUUACGAAAAAUGAGUCAAAUUUAAACAAACGACGUCACUCGAAAGAAUCCACAGAAGCUACAAUGAAACAAUGUAUUCUAUCCAAAGAAAUUAUUGAUGAUAUUGAGGAAAAAAUGAAUAUUUCUAUAGACUCUUCAAGUUCAGAUUUAACAUGUAAGCAAAAGUGUUUAGAUAAUCUUUCUGUAAAUGAUACGAUUAAAAGACAGAGCUUGGUACAUGAAGCAGAAUGUAAAUCAAUUUUAUCACGAGAGGAAGAUGUAGGAUCAGCUAAUGAAAUUAUUGUCAAAGAUAAAACACCUGUUAAACAUAUAAGUAAAUCUACUGACAACAUAAUGGAAGAGAUCACUAAAUCAGAUAAAACAGAGCAUACUAUUAUGGAUACUGAUUCUGAUGUCAACAAAGAUUCUAAUAAUAUAGAAUUGAAUAAAAUUUCGUGUUUAUCUAAGAAUCAAAAUAAAACAAAAGAGGAAAGUGAUAACAAGAAAAGUUUGAGCUCUGUUUCUAUAAUUGGCGAUAAUAAAAUGAAAUUAAUGUUAGAAGAACAAAGUCUGUAUCAGAAUAAAAAUGAAGCUUCCUCAAACAUAUCUCACUUUAAUUCUGAUUUAACAGAUUUAAUAGUUAUGUCAUCAGUGAAAAAUUCAAACGAUCAAUCUAAUAUAAUGGAGAAACAGCCAAUUCAGGAUAAUAUUAUUGAUAAUAUUGAUUUUACAGAACAAGAACGAAGAAACUCUAAGCAUGCAAUAGAAUCAGUUCUAGAAUCCUCAAAUGCUGCGCUAAAGACAAGUAAUUCCGAAUUCAAUGAAUCAAAUGAAGAUAAUGCAAUAAUUCAAGAUACUCAACCUUCUAAUGUAACAGAAACUUCUGGAAAAUUCGCAAUAAAUAUGCCAUGUGAAAAAGCAGAAACAAAAAGUAAUUACAAAAAUACUGUAAAACAAGAAUCAAAACGGAAAAGUACAGAUAAUAUACAUUUAGAGAAAAAAAAAGAGAAUUUGAAAUUGGAGAAUCAGAACGACACAAACAUGAAUACCGAUCGUGAUGUUAUUGUUGAUAUUAAUGUAUUUCAUGAUAUUACUAAUGACAACUCAAAUAAAAAAAACGUUGAGGAAGAACUUGAUAUUGAAACCAACUCGGUGUACUCUAAUUUAUUGAAAGAACCAGAAAGUGAAAGCGAAGUUGAAUGUGAUCUUGUUUUGGUGGAUAAGAAAGCAUGGUUGGAUGCUGAAAACAUGAAAACGGCAAAAGAAGCAGAAUCUUUCGAAUAUGAUUCCGAUGAUACCGUGUUAUUAAAGAGCCGAUUAGAUGCGAAGACUACAGAUCAUGAACAAAUAAUUGCUAAAAAAUUGCCCAUGAUAAGUGAAGAUCUAUUAGAGAAUCGCGUAGAUGCAAAGGUGGGGAAUUGUAAUAAAAAAUCCUUGAUAGAAGAAGAAAAAAUAGAUUGUAAUAAUAAAAUAAUUAAUUCAAUUUCAAGAAUGAAGAAGAUGAUAAAAAACUAUAAGGAUUCACUUAGCUCUACGGAAGAUGAAGAUGAUUUAAUCGCGGCUGUAAAUAAAUCUAUAAAUGAGUUUAAAACAGUUUCAAAUCAAAAUAAUGACCGACCUGUUCCCAAAUUAAAUAAAUCAAGGCAAACUUUUGCGAAAGAUGGAGAUCGAUUAUUUCAAAUAUAUGAUGAAUCAGAUGAAUCAAUUCAAUCAGAUGAUAUAAAUGAAUUAAACAAAAGCUUACAAGUAAAUAAGAAAAAUAAAUCUUUAUCAAAAUCGAUGGAAAGAAGAAAAUCAUUAAAUAAAUCUUCAACAAAAGAUAUGUCUUCAAGACAAGAAGCUAAAGCUACGAAAAAUAUUUCUAUAAAUAAAUCUCGAGAGGACUACUCAGAAAAAGAAUCAGAUAGCACAGAUGCAAAAAAAAAGACAUCAAAGAAAAAGCAUUCCUUGAAUAAGUCACAAAAUAAAGAUGCAAAUACAAGCGAAUCUGAAGAAAAGAACUUGUCAAAUGCCAAAACAUCAACAUAUUUAAAUGAUGAAAGCGAUAAUGAUGAUAAUAGCGAAAUAGUUAUACCAGCUAUGGAUUUUGAAUGUAGAAGUUAUUCUACAAUAGCAUAUAUGGGAUCAGAUCCUAACGAGGAAUCGAAUGAUGAUGAAAGUAAAAAUAGCAUUGGAAUUCCAAGUUUUCUGUUUGCAGCAAACAGUGAUAGUAAUACUGAUAGUAGUACUGAUGUCAAUACAUCAAUACACUCUGAUAUCAAGAGGGAAUAUAAUCUGGAUGGAAAAGAACAAAAGUUUUCUGAUGAUAAUGUACCCGGUGAUGAGUGCAGAGCUUCAGAAUCAGAAGUAUCAGAUCCUGAUGACAAUGGUUCAGAUCUCGAAGAUUUUAUAGUUAAUGAUGAUGAAAUAGAAGAAGAAGAUAAUGAAGAUGAAAUAGAAGAAGAAGAUAAUGAAGAUGAUGAUGAUGACGAAGAAAAAGAAAGGAAUAGCGAAGAAGAAAAUGAGCAAAAUGUGGAAGAAGCUGAAUAUGCAAAAGAAGAGGAAGUAGACAAUGAAAGCGAAAUUAAGCAAAGCAUAAGGGAAGAAAAUAAAGUUAUGAAAAAGAAAGAAGUAAAAGAUAAAAGUUAUACACCUAACUCGUCAAUUAAGAAGAAAAAGAAAUCGAAUGUACAAUUUUCUCCGAAAGAUGUAGUAGAACAAUUAAAUAAGUCUGAAAUAACAUCUACAAGAAAGUUGUCAAAAUCGCGUCUAUCAAUGGAAUGUAGUACUCCAAAACUUGAUACUUAUAUACGGAAAUAUGAAGAAUUUAAUGAAACACUUACACCCGAAAGAAUUUUGGAAAUUCAGGAUACCAAGAUAGAUAAUACAAAAACAGCACAAGAUACUUCGCUUAAGAAAAAGAAAUCAAAGAAAAAUUCUAUAUUAAAAGAAGAUAUUAGUUUAAGGGAGUUUAAUCAAAUAGAUAAUGAAAAAAAACUAUUAAAUAGCAGUCUUCCAUCCGAUCUAGCGGAAGCUGUAAAGAAAGCAGGACUCUCAAAACCGAAAUUUUCCAAGAUGGGUGAAUUACAGAAAACAAUAAAUAUUACUCAUACUGAAUCACCUACAAUAAGAUAUCUUAUAAAAGAUAAAUUAAAUGAAAGUAUGCCAGCAUUAAAAUUGAACACAGAAAUCGAUUCAGAAAAGAAAAAAUUGUCACCCAUUAAAAAGGCAAAAGAUAUUGCGCAAACUAAAAUAGAAUUGGAAAAUGAUGAAAAGGAAAUACCUAAUCUGAUAACUCCGUCAAGUGAUGAUACCAUACAGAAGCGUAGAAAGAAACAGAAGAAACGUAAGGCGCAAACAGAAGAUAUUUCAAGCGAAAACAUCACCGAUAAAGUCCUCUCUCAAGAUAUGAUGGAAUCAGAUGCUCCUAAAAAGAAGAAACGUGUUAAACUUGCACACCUAUCAAUUAUAGAAAAUGAUACUUGUAAAGAUAAUCAAAUUAAUGAAAAAGAAACGAAACAGAAGAAGAAGCAACUUAGCGUAAUUGAACAAGAUAAAAAUGUAAACGAAGAGAAUGUACCGCAAAAGAAUAUUCGCAAAAACAAAACGGAGUUAGCGCAACGCAAGAAAAGAAAUUAUGAAAUUGUAGAUAGUUCAGAGUUUGAUUUAUCCGCGGACAUAGCUGUCGAAAACAAAUCUAAACGGCAAAAGAUAGCAGAAAGUAAAGAAAUUGUGUCGGAAAAAUUAAUAAAGAAAAAGAAGAGAGAAGAGAAAACUUCACCGUUACAAAUUGGAAUUUCGAAAUUAAAAUCCGGUAAGAGUCUAGCAUCUAAUAAACUACAAAAUGUUGGAUCAGACACAAUUAAUUCCAAAAACGCUUUUGCUAAAGCACGAGAUGAAGCACUAGAAGCUAUUCAUGCUGCAGAGAUGCGCGUUAGGGCUAAGAAAGAAUUAAAGAAGAAAAAGCGAGAAAAUGUCGAAAAUACGAUUCAGGAACAAAUUUUAAAGAUUCCUGAUAGAAAACAAAGAAAAAAAGGUGUCGAGAAGAACGACUUUUUACCAUCGUCUACAGGUAGACUGAAACGACUUCCGGACGACGUGGUCGAAAAUCUUACGGAUCUCCCAACGAAAGCAAAAAAAAGGCAGAAACUUUCACGAAACCAGGAACAGAUUAUGCCAUUGUCGCACGGUUCGAAAUCGAAGGCGACGAUUGCGAAGGCCGAUGGCUUUCUUACAUUGAGUACAUCUGGUAGCACCACACAAUUCACUGUUAUAAACAUGCGGAAGGCUAAGAAAGAAUCAUUAAAAAGUGGUUCCGCAGCAGUUUCGUUCAGGCAACGUAUGCUUGAUAGAAACAGUCGGGAAUCAGUUUCGGCUUAUAAGAUAUAUCUUGAAAAGCAGCGAGCCACAUCGAAAAGUCGAUUUUUUAAUAACGCGUUUUGAAUUGUAUCAUUUAAGUUUCAUUUCAAUGUUUCGUAAAUUCAUUAACUUUUGUAAUAAAUUAAUAUAAAAAUAAGUUACUAUAUUUAUGUAUGCUAUAUUAUGAUUUUUAUCACUAUUUGACAUAUUUUGGGCAAUCAGUGUUAUCUAGAAUAAAAUAAUAUAUAGUGUUAUCAAGAAGUAACAUUGAAAAUGAUGCUGUAUCUUUUAUUUAAUUAUGUUAAUAUAAUUUUGUAAUGUUCAAUGUAUUUAUAUAUAUGCGAUAAGUAUGUUUAUUGCAUAUAUUUAAAUACAUUGAAUAUAUUUCUGGUUCAUU